GUUUUAGUCGCAUUGAAAAGUCGGAAUUUAAACGACAAAAAAGUUUUGUUGUUGACUAAUGGUAAGCAGCGCCCCCUACUUACCUUCUAGAUUUUUAUUUUUUGGGUUGACAUGUUAGGGUACUGUAGGUUAUGAGUAAAUAAAAAAAAAUUUUGUUGAGUGUACACAACAAUUAUUAAAACGGCUGGGAAAUAUUUUGUAUUAUUUACACCAUUUUUUUGAUUUAAUUUAAAUUUAUUCAGUGAAAGUUGAGAAGAAAUGUCUGAAGAAGUAGAAAAACGUAUUGAAGAUGAUGAUAAAAAAAUAGAGCUGACCGAGGAGCAAAAAUUGUUUUUAGCAGAGUGUGAAGAAGAGUUUAAGCAUCUCUACACCGAUGAUGAUCCUGAGUACGUAAAAAGCAAGCAGCUGAGAGACGUAGAGCGCAAGGAGCCGCCGAUUGUGGAUCCUUGGUAUUGCAAACAGCCGCGAAACGCCCGCGGGAAUUAUAGACACAAAGAUUUCCGCGGUAUGAAGGACCGCGAACGUGGUGAUAGGAUUGACAAGCAAGCUGGCAGACACCUAAUGUACCACAGAAAUUCACGUCCUUAUUAAUACUUUUUUUUUAAUCCAUAUUUUUUACAUGAUACUCAAAAUAGUAGACAUACAAUAUUUGUUUGUAAAAAAAUUAAAUAGUUUUAAAAAUUUUUAUGUAAGUUUUUGAAUGUCUACUUUCUACUAUCAUGUUCUUUAAAUUUUAAAUACUAACGAUAUGACAAGGGUGCAUUUAAUUAUUUUAUAAAUUCAGGAGUAAUAUUAAUAAAGACAAUAUUUUUUUUUUUUGUUAAAAAUAAUUAUUGUAUCAUUUUAUAAGCAGCGUACAUAGAAUUAUUUACAAACUAAUAUAAGAAUGUACAAAAAAAUCAUGAAAAAUAAUGUAACCAUUACGAUUAUUACUUAACACAUGAAUUCUAAAUUGUAAUGUUAAUGUGAGCUAAUAAAAUAUUGAAAAAUCAAAGGAUUAA